CAUUCCUUCAUUCAAAUAAAAUGGCCACUACACCUACUCUUCGUCAAAAGAAUCAACUUUAUAGAAAUAGAUCUGCUAAGGGAGUAGUAGCUACUAAAGCUGUAGAAAAAUCAAAGAUAAUUCGUAAACCAAAUUAUUCAUAUUGGGCAAUUGGCUUGAUUUGCUUUGCAUUAUUUGGUGGCAUUCUUCUUCAACUUAUCGAUCUUAUUUUUUAAGUAAAUUUGUAUAUAAAUUAAUAAAAAUGUUGCACAUAAUAAUUAUUCAAAAGAAGAA